AUGAGUUUGCGAUCUGGACGCGUGAGAGAGAUGGCCAUCUCGACCCCUGAACGCGACCGCGACCACGAAGCGACAUCCCUGCCAACCGAGCUACCAGCACCACUAAAGAGACGCGCAAGGAACACCGAGCAAAACGAACACUACCGCAGGCGACCA